AUGGGGUUUUCUGCCAGUCCAGAUGGCAAUACGAGUUUGGCGCCGAUGAUUGACCCGCUGCCCAAGUCGCUGUCAAACAAAUUCAACCACUCGACCGCCAUUUCCUUCCUCCAUCGCGACUGGACUAAACAUUCCUGGGGCAGCAGCCUGCUUAGUCCCGGUGAUUCCCCGAGAUCAAAAAAAUAUGGCUACGCCGCCGCGAUUGCCCUCUUGAGCAUCCUUGCGCUCUGGUGGUUCCCCAAUCCCACGGGCACCGGCGGUCUUCUCGGAACGUCGGAGCCCGGUGUCGACGAUGAGAUUACAGAGGAAGGCCCUAUUCCUGUCGGCACGUCUGUAAUUCGAGGUGGGAGAGAGGUCUUCUGGUGGGAGGAAUUCCCCAAACUCCACGGUUUUUAUCGAGGACGCAAGGACACCCUCCCACUUUCCGAGCAUGUCCCGCGAUCCGGUGGAGACCAAGAUGACUGCGAAGUUGUAAAAAGACUCGGCGAGGACGUACAGCGCGAGAAGACCGCCUUCGUGAAGACGGCUGCAAGCGAAGCCGAUGAUGACAAAGAUGAUGGAAGACCCCAGGUAGAAGCCACUGUGCAUCUGUGUGCAGUCAACAAAGCAGCCCGGGUGGAUCUACUUACUGCAUCAACAAAGACGCCCUAUCGUCAAGGCAGAGACUGCUAUGCAACCGUGUGCAAUCAACAAAGCCCUGGGUGGUGUUUGUUUGCAACAAUCAACCAAGGCUUCUGGUUCAUCAUGCACUAA